GAUUCGUUGAUCUUUUCUCCCUCUUUGUUACGCUUUCAUUUUUUCCCCCGUUUGUUCAAUUAAAUAUGUCCAGUAUUUACAAUACUUCACGUUUGGAUAAGUCAAAGAGGCCUGUUCAACGUCGCGUGGAGCCACCUCGACCUGGCAUCGGUCCACAACGUUUGGUCCAACAACAAAUUCUUCAAAAUCGACAACAGCAAUUAUUACAGCAACAACAGCAACCAGAAAGCACUUACACUGAUUUCCCUCUUAUGUCAACCGCCAAACGUGGUAAACACCACAUCAUGGAUUUCAAAUCACCUAAAACAGUCGACCCCAAAAGCUUUGCACGUCCUGUUAAAUUACAUCGUGAAAAAACAGACUUUCUACCUUAUCGACAAUAUAUUGCCAAAAUAGCAGCACAAAAUGCCGCUAAUGAAGAACAGAAAAAAGCUGCGCAAGCAAAAGCGGAAGCAAUCAUGGCUGGUAAACUUAUACCCACUUCUCCGCCAUCCUCUCAAAGCAAAGAGAAAGGGAAAGGAAAAGAAACUGUAGAAGAAGUAGGCGGUGAAGAGAACAAAAGCAACACAGCAUCAACCAAAUCACAACAUGGACCCAAAUCAGGUGCCGAUACCUCAUUAAUUGCACCUUUAGGUGGGGCUACUCGCAACAAACAAUUGCUUUUUAAAAAGCGUACAAAGCAAAUUUAUCUCGCAAAGGAAGAUACCAGAGAGCUGAAAGAACAAGAACACCGGCCAUGGAUAUUAGAAGAUUAUGAUAGCCAGCAUAGUUUUACUGGCACUUAUGAAGGCGGCCAGCGUUCAGAUUAUAUGUUCUUUGUAUUAACUGACAAUGGAUUCAGAGUGGUACUCGUUGAUAGAUGGUACAAAUUCCAGCCCAAGCGCCACUUCAAGCAUCUCAGUUUAGAAGCUGAAGAACAAAUGAAAAAACAACAAAAACGUGAAAACGGUAGAUGGAUGAUGUUGAAUCGUAGUAAAGAACAAGAAGAGGAGGAACGUGCAGCAUCACAUUUAGGCAAAUUCAAAAUUGUCGAUCAUAACAAUAGCGGUAAAGAAGACUCAGAUAUGGAUGACCUUGAUUUUGAUGAUGUCUUUCAAGAUGAUGAAGAAGGCACUGGAGAACACGAAGUUGAGGACGAGGAGAUUAAAGACAGUAAAGACCGUGUUAAGAAAGAGAUUAAGGAUUACUCUAUCAACAGUGGUCAAGACAUAGAUGAUGAUGACAUUCUAAUGAAAGACAACAAUGGACUUUCUUCAGAAGGCAAACAGUUACAUAAACUUGUUCGUGACCUCGAAAAGAAUCGUGCUUAUGAAAGUGACGAUGAAGAAGCUGAUCCAUAUGCUUCCAGUGCUGAAGAAAUGGAAACAGACAACGAUGAGGAGGAUGAGAGUAAGAAAACAGAGGAUGAAAAGAAAGAGAAAAAUGCACAUAUGCCACUUAAAAAGAAAAUUUCUGCGACCGCUAAUAAUGCUCAUAAGAGCAACUUGACGCCGAAAAAAAUGCAUGCGAACAAACUUAAGAAAGAAGCUAUGUCAAAACCAUUGGGUCGUCCUGGAUCACCCUCCAUUUAUAUGAAAAAGAAGGAACACGGUGAAAAUGUUUCUUUAUCUUCACGUUCUGUAGGUAAACCGUCUUCGCCACUUUCAACUGCUGCUGAAACUACCGCUGCGGUGAAAAGAGAACCAUCACCUACUUCUCCUUUAGCCCAUCAACAUCGUCCAUCUUCGCUUAUUGGUAUCUCCAAUAAAGACUCUAAUACCAAAAAGCGCAGAAUUGAGGGAAGAGGCAACCAUUUGCUAAA